AUGGUGGUGGUGGAGGGGAACUGUAGACAUAUGGUGGUGGAGGGGAUUUGUAGUCUACUUUUGGUGAUGGGGAAUAGUAUGGAGGUGGUGGUGGGGAACUGUAGACAUAUGGUGGUGGAGGUGAUUUGUACUCAACCUUUGGAGAUGGUGAAUAAUAUGGUGGUGGUGGAGGAGAAGUGUAGACAUAUGGUGGUGGUGGAGACUUGUAGUCGACCUUUGGUGAUGGAGAGUAGUAUGGUGGUGGUGAUGGAGAACU